UGAAAAUAGAAAAAGAAAAAGUUUUCUCAAGAUACUCGUGAACAUCGAGAAGAUGAAAAUAAAAGAAAAAAGAAAAUGAAAAGAAAACCAAAUUCAAAUUAGCGUAAGCAAGUUACAGAUUGUUGUGGAUAUCUGGCGCACAUUUCAGGUCAGACAGUGCGUCGAUAUUUUCCGCUGUCAAGCAUGAAAAUACAAAAACGCUUCACAUAAGAAAAAAGAUCAGUUUAGCAAUUGUGAUGUAGCUGAAAAGACGGUGGCAAAAAAAUCUGAAAGAGAAAAAUCCAAUUAAAAGAAAAGAAACGACUUUUUGUUUCAAAGCGGUGACAAUAUUAUUUGAGUGAAAAAAAUAGACAGAGCAAGGAUUAAUUUUCUUCGACGAGAUAAUCGAAAAAAAGACGGGAAAAAAAAUUUUUUUUGUUGAUUUAUUCACGGCUCGUAAAUUUUGCGUUUAACUCUAAUCGAGGCUUAUUUGUCGGGAAUUGUGAAGCAGCUAAAGUCAAGAAGCGUAACAGAAACAUUUGUGAAAAGUGAAUUUGAGAUAGAAGAAGAUGCCAAAUAAAAGCAAAGCCAAGAAACAUAAGCGCAAAAGUCAUUGUGAUAAGAAUAAUGACAGUACAGGCAAUUUAGCAGAUUUAUCAAGCAAUGAAGACGAUGUUAACAUAAUUAAUGGAGAUUUUGAGAAGCUACAAGUAGCCAAACCAUAUCAAAUUAAAUAUUCUGAUAUCUACGGAAGAUACUUGGCUGCAUCACGAGAUUUGAAGAAGGGCGAACUUUUAGUUGAAGUCGAUGCGUUAGUCAUUGGCCCAUGUGCUGAAAGUUUGCCAUUAUGUUUAGGCUGUUACGUUGACCUUUCAACAUUAUCAAAAAAGAAUCUAUGUUCAUUUUGUGGUUGGAUUUUGUGCCAAAAAAACUGUCCCGGCCUUCACAUGGACCAUGGUCAUAGUGAGUGGGAGUGCCAAUCGUUUAAGAAACACAAUCUCGCAUCAUUUCUGACGAAAUGUGAUGAAAAAGACAUUAGGUUUAUUUUCGAAUCAAUUUUGAGCGUAAGGUGUUUACUGUUGAAGCAGGUCAAUCCCGAGAAGUGGAGGCAAAUAAACGAGAUGGAAUCUCAUAAUAAAAUUCGUAAGAAUAUUCCUACGCUAUGGAAUCGAAAUCAAGAGCUUAUUGUCGAUCGAAUUCGAAAUCAAUGGGGCUACAACCAGUUUACUGAAGAUGAGAUUCAUACGAUUUGUGGAAUUCUUGAAGUAAAUUCAUUUGAAGUCGGUACAAGUGGGUGUCGAGCGCGUGCUCUUUUUCCAGAAGCAUAUCUCAUAUGUCACGACUGUCAACCAAAUACGACACAUACUGACGAUCCAUUGACCCAUAAACUCCACCUUCGUACAACUGUACCACUCAAAAAGGGUGACACCAUCACAUUAUCCUACUCCUAUACGCUUCAAGGUACUCUUAAACGAAGGGAUCAUCUGAACGAAAGUAAAUUUUUCUGGUGCACUUGUGAACGUUGCAAAGAUCCAACUGAAUUAGGAACACAUGCCAGUACCCUUUUAUGUCCCAAAUGCACGAAUGGAUUUAUUAUGUCUACCGAACCACUGAACCAAGAUGCUGAUUGGAAAUGCAGAAAAUGUAACUACACUGUAAGCGGAAAAUCAAUUUUAAUCUUAUUAGAUCGACUCUUUGAUGAGUUGGAAAUGCUCGAUCCAAAUAGCAUUAAAGAUUACGAAGACUACCUCAAGCGAUAUGCAAAUGUUUUACAUCAAAACCAUUAUUUGAUACUUUCUGCAAAGCAUUCACUUUGUCAAUUAAUCGGUCGUUCUGACGGCUUUAUCAUUAACGAACUCGAUUUGUCUCAACUACAAAGGAAGGAAGAAUAUUGUCGGGAUUUAUUGAAUGUCGUGAACGUACUUGAACCUGGUGCGAGUCGAUUACGUGGAAUAAUUUGUUACGAGAUGCACGCUCCAAUGAUGGUGAAAAUAACGAGAGAAUUUGAAAAUCGAACCAUAAAUAGCAAUCAAUUACGAUCUCGAUUGAAAGAGAUUGUCAAGCUACUUCAUGAAUCUUAUGAAAUUCUUAAAAUUGAACCAGAAGGUUCAGCCGAAUUUUCAAUUUCCCUUGCCGCACAAGAUGCUUUGAAGAAAAUGGGAAAUAUCUGAAGAGAGAUAAUAAAUAUUCAUUUGCUUUUCAAGACAUCAUUAGACUGUUGAUGAAAGAUAACUAAAACGAAUGUGAAUAAAUAAACUUUUCAAGACAUUUCGAUGGUCAUAAA